CAGCUAUCUGAGGCAGCGGCAGUUUCUCUGCGCUCUCUCCCUCCUGCACACUGCGCUCAUACACACUCACGCUCUUAAACCAAAUAGGAUACUGGACACAUAUUCACAUACUUCUAAAAAACUGCAGCUGCUCUAUUAUAUAUGCACUCACACUAGAGGGUCUUUUUUAAAAAAAAAGAAAAUCAGAGCUAGCUGCUCACACUUUAACUUUGCACAGACUUGUUUCUCCUUUCACGCAGAAGAAUGAGGACAACUGCGCUUCUCGUUUGUGCCAGCCUGCUUCUCACAGCCACCAGCCAGGCGGCGGACUUCCCUGUCAACUCACACCAGAGAUGGGACGCUAAAGGACCUUUCACUUUGGGAUCUGAGUCCAGUCCCCCUGCCUCCUGCCCCAUGAAACUAAGACCCUUAGGCCAGUGUGGGAGCUCUGGGGCUGGGGCAGAGGACGGCGAGGACUGUCCAUACCAGCUUACCUUACCCCCUCUCACCAUCCAGCUUCCCAAGCAGUUCAGGCUGCUGGAGAAGACCAUGAAGGAACUGCAGAGUCUGAAGGAGGUGGUGAACAAGCUAAGAGGUGGGUGCCAGGAGUGCAGUGGUGCACAAGGCAGUGGACCUCUUGGGCAUCAGCAAGCUGACCAAGGACAGAAGGAUGCUGGGGAAGCAGUGCGGCUGGACCCGAUGGGGCAGGAGGUGCUGGAUGGGUCCAGUCAAGAGAGGAGGGGAGAUGGGAUGAUUCCAGGAGCAGGAUCUUCUGUGGACGGUACUGGACGGUCUGUUUUUGGGAAGAUUACACCGAGUCCAAGCAAUAUGCAGGAGAUGCAGGUGAAGCUGAAUAGGAUGUCAGCCAGCUUGCGCAACGCCAGGAGCCAGAUCUCUGCUCUGCAGGGUCGCCUGGAGGGGCUCAACCUGCUCAACAUGGACAACGUGCAGGACAUGGUGGACAGACGGGUGGAGAACCUCACCGGAGUGGUCAACAAGCUCAGCUCCACCUGCACCACCCAGUGUGCAGUACAGAACACCCCUCAGUUCAUCUUAGCCCCCCGGGACUGUUCAGACUACAACGUGCUGGAGACGAGGAAGAACGGCGUGUAUCGCGUGACCCCCGAUCCCCGCAACGGGACAUUUGACGUCUUUUGUGACAUGGAGUCAUUCGGAGGUGGAUGGACCGUGAUACAGCAGCGGCUCAACGGUUCCGUUAGCUUUAACCGUACCUGGGUCGAGUACAAGAAGGGCUUCGGCAACCUCAGAGGUGAGUUCUGGUUGGGCAACGACCACAUCCACUUGCUCACAAAGGCCAAAGACAUGGUCCUGCGCAUUGAGCUGGAAGACUUUGAGGGUGUCCGAGAAUACGCAAAGUACGACCAGUUCUACGUGGCCAACGAGUUCCUUCGCUACCGGCUGUCUUUAAGCGGAUACAGUGGAACGGCUGGUAACGCCAUGAGCUUCAACAAGCACUUCAACCACGACCAGAAGUUCUUCACCACGCCCGACCGCGACAACGACAUGUACCACUCGGGAAACUGUGGCGCCUACUACAGCUCCGGCUGGUGGUUCGAUGCCUGCAUGUCGGCCAACCUCAACGGGAAGUACUACCACAAGAGGUACAAAGGAGUCCGGAACGGCAUCUUCUGGGGAACGUGGCACAACAUGUCGACGGAGUACUACCCUACCAACUACAGGCAGGCCUUCAAAACUGUCAAAAUGAUGAUGCGGCCCAAGAACUAUGCUCCUUAAGUGGACAGGUAAAUAUAUAUACUAUAGUAUAGUCACAAGGACUGACACAAACAGGAACAAGAACACGGACGAAGAAGUAGAAACUUGCAUAUAUUCAUGCACUCCCACCCGUUCACACAUGCAUACUUGUACAGUGAAAAAGUCUGCAAGCGCCACAGAAGUUUGAAUGCAGUAGUAAUGAAAAUAACUGUGGAAAGAAAGAAAAAAAUAAUAAUUAAGUGUCGCAUUACUUUUUUUCCCCCCACUGUCGUGUGUGUGCGGCCUUCAAAAAUGUUGGAAUAAAAUCAUAAUAAUAAUAAAGCAGAAUGGACUAUUAACGAUGAUAGACUAAUAAAAAAGCCACACAGUGUAAAGGGCAGGCUCCUGCAGGGGCCGUAAUAUUAUAUGGAGGGUUACCAUAAGAGAUUUUUCACUUCCUCUCUGACAUUUCCAGUUCCUGUUGUGCUGCCUCUCACUAUAAACCCAGCCAGGACACAGAGCACACAGCACACAGUAGUAGUAAAAACUAAUGAGCUAUCAUUUUUCUCCACUCCAAAUGGUUUUAUAAUUAACAGCAACCACUCAAGUGAGGUAUACGAGAGCUGAUGAUACAGUUCUGAGUGGGUCUGAAAAUCCUGUGCUCCGGGGUCAGAUUUAAACUGAUCUAAAAAAAAAAUAAAAAUCUACAGGCAAUGAUACACAGCCGUCUCUGAGCCGCGGCGAACAAGUUAAUGGCUUCCGUGUUGUUUAUUUAAUUACGGUGAGACACUCUUCUAAUGUAUCAUCAUUCACGACUAUAUUAAAAACAUCCCAGUAAGAAUAUGUAGCCUGAGAUAAAUUUACAUUGGGUCAUUCCAAAGUACGUUCUGCACGAUGGAUGCUUUUGCAAAUUGGGCUUGACAGCAGCCACACUGCUGCCAGAUAUAAAAAAAAUAAAUAAAAAAAGAAGAAAAUAUUCAAAUUAUUUCGCCUCCAUAGCCGCGGGUGCACUUAACAACUGCACAACUCUUGACGAUAAUACACCAAUUUUCAUGUGUGAAAAAAAAUUCACUUUCCACUUGUACAAUACUGCUACCUAAUGUUAGAAAACUGUAUAGCAUCAUUUAAUCCAUUUUAUAUACACUGUGAAUGAACAAGAAAGAGGUUGUUUUUUUCAGUGUGUUUCACUUUAAGGAACGUGUACAGUAUUUAAUUUAUUUUGUGAGGUAACGAUGGCUUUUAUAUAAUACGUAGGUCAUGCCGUGCAAAGUGUCUGACGACUGUUGACGCCUGAGCGGCGAUAAGGUCUGAGCAUCAUUGUGACCAUUCAUAGUGAAUAUAUGUGUAUUUGAAGCUUUGUUUUUUUUGUAUAAUGUUGAUCUUUUCUAUCACUCAUAAUAAGCUGUCAUGCCAAAAGAAAUGCACUUUUAUAUGUAAAAAAACAAACAAAAAAAACCCCAAAUCAUAUGAUUCCAAUUUACGAGGCUCUGUAUAUUGCAGUUUUGAAUAAUACCGAUGCCUAAUGCUUAUUUUCAAGCAUCUUCUGUGUUAAAGUCACCCCCUUUUUUCAAUGUAGACAAAAAAGUACACGUGUAUAGCAUGAGUAUCCAUGAGUUGAGUGUCUGCCUUCCUGUUUUAGGGACAUUUUGAUGCCUGUAAAAAUGGAGGGAUGAGGUGCCGCAUGCCCAUUCUGAAUGGGUGUAUGAGAGGAUGUUUCAAUAAAGCAACACUCCAACAUGACAGUUUUGCAGGAGGUAUACGAUUACAUUGUGGGCCAGUCACAUUAAUGUCUGUACACUGUAUGUGAUGAUCAAGCUAAUAAAAAAAAGUAUUGUGCUCUUCCA